GUAAGUGUUACUCUCCCCAGUAAAGGUGUCAGCAGACCGGCGCCAUUUUCCAUCUCGAACUUGUGCUGUGUCACGUUGUUGUUUGUAUCUGACAACUUUUGCUGCUUAUUAAAGUUUCCGUUGUCAAAAAAACCAUGAAGAUGAAAACUCAUAUGACUUCGGCUUCAGGAGUUAUAUCUCUGCUGGACGAACCGGACGAACAACUGAAGGUAUUUGCUUUGGAAAAACUAAACAAGAUCGUUGAUGUAUUUUGGGCUGAAAUAGCUGAAGCGGUUGUAAAAAUUGAGGUAUUGUAUGAAAGUCAUGAUUUCCGUUGCCGUGAUCUGGCUGCUUUAGUUGCUUCUAAAGUUUAUUAUCAUCUUGGGGCUUAUGAGGAUUCACUUAAGUAUGCUUUGGGAGCCCUCAAUUUGUUUGAUGUUACUGAUACUUCUGAAUAUGUGUCUACAAUCAAAGCAAAAUGUAUGGACCAAUAUACCAAAACGCAGGUUAUUAACGCUGAAACACAAGAUGAUGCUAAAAUGAUGGAUACUCGACUUGAAGCGAUAGUUAAUCGAAUGUUUCAGAGGUGUUUUGAUGAUAAACAAUAUAAACAAGUUGUGGGUAUUGCUUUGGAAACAAGAAGGAUUGAUAUGUUUGAAAAAGCAAUUUUGGAAUCGGAUGACCCUUCGGCAAUGUUGGCAUAUAGUUUAAAAGUUUGUUUAUCUCACAUAAUGAGUAGACAUUUUAGAAAUGAUGUACUACGUGUUCUUACUGAGCUCUACAUGCGCCUUAAGUCCCCAGAUUAUAUCAGUGUAUGUCAGUGUUAUAUUUUCUUGGAUGACCACCAAUCUGUUGCAAAUAUCCUAGAGAAAUUAAUUAAGGGAAAUGAAGAAUCGCAACUUAAAGCUCUUCAAAUUGCAUUUGAUUUGUAUGAGAGUGCGACCCAACAAUUUCUACAGGAGGUGCAAAACUGGCUUCGGCAGGUGGCCCCAGCACCAUUACCGUCCAUGAAAACGGAAGAAGAAAAACAAGUUGCUCCCAGUGUAGAAAACAAGGAAGAGAAAAUGGAAGUCGAUGAGGAGAAAUCCGCAGAAGCAGCUGCACCAGCACCUGCAAGUCCGUCGCUAACUGAAGACCAAAAAGAUCUUCAGGAGAAAAUUGUCAAACUUUAUACCAUUCUUGGAGGAGAAAACACUAUAAAAUUGCACUUGGAUUUCCUUAUUAGGAACAAUAAAACUGAUUCAUUGAUUCUGAAAAAUACCAAAGAUGCUGUUCGUAAUUCCUUGUGUCACUCAGCCACUGUUAUUGCCAAUUCUUUUAUGCAUUGUGGCACUACAUGCGAUCAGUUUCUUCGCGACAAUUUAGAAUGGUUGGCUCGUGCCACUAACUGGGCUAAAUUCACUGCAACUGCAAGUCUUGGUGUUAUUCAUAAGGGCCAUGAGAAGGAUGUCUUGAAUUUCAUGUCUACAUAUCUACCCAAAGACUCGAGUCCAGGAUCUACCUAUUCAGAAGGUGGGGGUCUUUAUGCUCUUGGAUUAAUUCAUGCUAAUCAUGGAGGUGAGAUUACAAAUUAUUUACUCAGUCAACUUAAAGAGGCCACAAACGAAAUGGUGAGACAUGGAGGUUGUCUUGGCUUGGGUCUGGCAGCGAUGGGUACUGCUCAGCAAGAUAUCUUUGAACAACUUCGGAUAAAUUUGUACCAAGAUGAUGCAGUGACUGGUGAAGCAGCAGGACUUGCUAUGGGGUUAGUAAUGCUUGGAACUAAGAAUGAUGCUGCUAUCCACGAUAUGCUUGUAUAUGCACAGGAUACUCAGCACGAGAAAAUUCUUCGUGGCUUGUCCGUUGGUAUCGCCCUUACCAUGUAUGGUCGGAUGGAAGAAGCUGACGAACUAGUCAAAACUUUGUCUCAAGAUAAGGAUCCUAUUCUUCGUUGGUCUGGCAUGUAUACCCUUGCUAUGGCUUACUGUGGUUCUGGCAACAACCAAGCUAUCAGAAAAUUGCUCCAUAUUGCUGUCAGCGACGUCAAUGAUGAUGUGAGACGUGUCGCUGUCACUUCCCUUGGAUUUCUUCUGUUCCGGACUCCUGAAAAAUGUCCACAAGUUGUCUCUUUACUAUCGGAAAGUUAUAAUCCUCAUGUUAGAUUUGGUGCUGCAAUGGCUUUGGGCAUUGCUUGUGCUGGAACUGGUCUAAAAGAAGCUCUGACCCUGUUGGAACCCAUGACUAAUGACCCUGUUAACUACGUACGGCAAGGGGCCCUCAUUGCUUCAGCUCUAGUUCUUAUUCAGCAAAAUGAAAUCACUUGCCCGAAAGUCACACACUUCCGUCAAUUAUAUACUAAAGUAAUUACUGACAAACAUGAUGAUGUUAUGGCAAAAUUUGGCGCUAUCUUAGCCCAAGGAAUACUAGAUGCCGGUGGUCGAAAUGUUACUAUUUCUCUUCAGUCUCGCACAGGUCAUACCAAUAUGGAAGCUGUGGUAGGAAUGUUGGUGUUUUGUCAGUAUUGGUUUUGGUACCCUCUUACUCACUUUUUAUCCUUGGCAUUUAAGCCUACUUGUAUAAUUGGACUCAACAGCAAUUUGUUAAUGCCAAAAGUACAGUUUCGUUCUAAUGCAAAACCUUCCACAUUUGCAUACCCACCUCAUUUAGAAGAAAAAAAAGACAAAACUAAAGAAAAAGUUAAAACUGCUGUCCUCAGUAUUACAGCUAAACAAAAGAAAAAAGAAGCUGAAAAGAAGGAGAAAGAAGAGAAAAUGGAUGUAGAUGAAGAGACUUCAGAUGAGCCAGAAAAGAAGACUGCUAAAACAGAGAAAAAGGAAGAGAAGAAAGAAGUGGUUAAAGAGAAGAAAGAGGAAGGGAAAGAAGGAAAAGAAGAAAAGAAAGAGGAAGAAAAAGAAAAGAAGCCAGAAGCAAACUUUGAGUUAUUAGACAACCCAGCUCGAGUUAUGCGUGCACAGCUCCGAAUGAUCACCAUGCCAGAUUCCUCGAGAUAUACGUCAGUGAAAGAUGUAACGAGCGGAGGAAUCAUUAUGUUACACAAUCGCAAACCAGAUGAUCUUGAAGACCUUGUAGAACCUAUUGCUGCAGGUGGUCCCAAAGUCGAAGAAGAAUCAGAACCAGAACCUCCAGAGCCGUUUGAAUGGACUGAAGAUUAAUAUCUAUCAAAGUAAUUACUAACAAAAAAAAAAUGAAAAAAAAGAGUAAAUAAUAAUAAUAAUGACAUUUCAUAUUGGCUCCUAUCUUAGAGGUCUCAAUCUAAUUAUUUAUCAUUUUGUUGAUUUUAUUUUAUUUUUUUUCUUUGCCCCACCCCCAUCUCUCUCAGUUUAGAGACACUCAUAGUUAUUCUCUUGGUAAAAGUUUACUCCAAAAGUUUGAUAAAUUCCUUUGAAUUUUUCACAUAGGGAGAACCAUAUUUCUGAGUUGACAUUCUAUGCUGUGGAAUUUGUCAAGCAAUAGUAACAAUUGCUGCUAUACCAUGUAUUGUUUUCUUAGUUGAAUAGCUUUAUCAAAGACUGUUUUCAUAUCAUCUUGUCAUCACUAUCUUUUCUAUUAUUAAAAUUCUAAAAUUACUGUUUGUUUAUAAUUCUUUGCAAACAUUAAAAAAAAAAAAAAAAUGCUCCUGCAAAGGUUUUAUUUUCUAACGAACAAAAUCACUUCUCUUUCUGCAUACUGUUCUUACUGUAAUUAAAAGACAAAUCCUUAACUCAGAGCAAAAAUAUGAGGAUUUAGGUUUGCAAAAUUACAAAUGAUUCAAGCACUUUUGAUGAAACAACUUAGUUUUCCUCUCUACAUUUCAUCACUGGAUUGUAUAAUUUGGCACUUGAAAAAAUUUUUAAUGGAAUCAAAUCAUUAUAGGAUAUGCUGAUAAAAAGAAAAAAAAAGAUGAAAGCGUAUAGCCUAGUGGUUAGGGUGUUGCACUGAGGACCGCAAGAUCAUGGUUUCGAUAGCUAGAUUGGGCAGUGUGUUGUGUUUUUGAUCAAAACACUUCAUAUCACAUUGCUCCAGUCCACUCAGCUGUAAAUGAGUAACACUGCAAUGGACUGGCAUCCCAUCCAGGGGGAAUGUUGCGAUCUCAGUCACUUAUAUGCUAUGGAAACCAGGUAAUGUGUCUUAUGAGGCUUAAGGUUCAACACAGUAAUAUCCAAGGGUUGAUGAUGAAAAUUCAAUUUUGUUUUUUAGACACCCUGUAUUUCUGCUCAUGUGAAAUAUGAUAUUACUGGUUCGUCUGAGUGAAUUUAAAUAAGUAUUUUGUUUAGGUUUACUUAUUCAUAUAUAUAUAUUCAUAUAUCUAUAUUCUAUAUCAAAUUAGGAAUAUUAAUUGACAAAUAUUUCUUCACUGGUUCCUUUGAUUAUUUCUCGUUUACAAUGAAUCAUUUCUUAUAGCAGGGAAAUAACCAGUUGUAAACAGGUUCAACGACAAACAAUAUGGAGUUGUUUCCCCUUGCAAAAGCUUCGUCAUUAUUAUGGAUUGGUAGUGUUUCUACAACAUCAAACAAUGCCUUGAGGUAUUUCUUUUAGCUCUUUAUGUUCCGAGUUCAAAUACCACCAAGAUCAACUGUGCUUUUCAUUCUUUUGGGGUUAAUAAAAUAAAGUACCAGUUAUAUACUGGGAUUCAUGGUAUCAACGCCACAUUUUUUUUUUUUAAACCAGUUUUCAGGCUUUGUGCCUAUACUGGAAUCAGUUGUUUCUGUCUGUACUAAUGUCAUUGUUAAUCUUGACUGAAUUUUUUUGUUUAUAUAAUGUUACUUCCUGCCAAUAUGUUUUUUUUUUUAAUUUAAAUAAUCAUAGAUAUUUCAAGAAAAGCUUUCCUUUUUUUUUUUUUUUUUUUUUUUUGUACUGAUAAAAUUUCAUUUCAUACAACUUUAUAUAUAUCUCAGGAGUAAUGAAAUCAUUCAACAUCUUUCAAUGAAUUAUCAAAAUAACAAUAUUGUUUUCAUUUAUUUUAUGUUUCAUCUUUCUCCUUUAUUACAAUAACAAAUGGAAAAGAUAAAAAUUUGUUAAUAUCA